AUGAUUUUAUUCCUCUGGGAACACAACUGGAGCAGAAGCCGGAGCUGCGGGGCUUCUUCUCUUUCUUCGGAGCGAGGGAAGGCGAAUAAUUCGAUUAACAGCGAGGAGCAGAAAAAGGGCGUAACGGGGAGGAUGGAGCCGCUGGAGGAGGCUGUGGUGACGGAGCUGAAGAGGCAGCUAGAGGAUGAAGACCUGGACCCAGAGCAGAAACUCAGCCUGCUGAACAACAGCUUAAACAAGGCUCUGAACAUGGCGGCGCUGCAGACAGACGGGGACACGCUGACGGCUGUGAAGUCCCGGUUGUAUCUGAGCGGCGUGCUGAGUCACUGCGUCGUCCUCCUCUCUCUGGAUCCCAGAAGGCUGCGGGGCAACUGGGGCGCCACCGCCACGCUCGCCCAGCUCACCAGUUCCUGUUGUGUCGGGGUGGAACCUGGUAAACAGUCACAGACCUUUCAUAGGCUGUUCCUGCCGUCAGUCAUGAACAGCCUCCUCUCAUUGGCCAGCCAGCUGAUGAGGCGGGCAGAGUGUGUGUCUCUCUUCAGGAAGGUGAUGGAUUCAGUGGGCUGGUUGCUCAGAGCUCACACUCAGCUCACCAGUCAGGUUCUGAGCUCCGUCCACUACGAGCAGAUCCAGAUGUGUGAUGAUGUCAGCGUGUCUCUGCUCUGUGUCCAGAUGUGGAUUCAAAUCUGCUCAGCCAGCAGGGACUUCCUCUCCGGAUUGAGCGACGAAUCCGUCCUGUUGCUGCUCAACGAAGCUGUCGGCCAAUUAGCCAUCAGCUCUGACUCUUCAGUGGGCGGGGCCUCCAUCAGACUGAUCCUCCUCAUGGCCAAUCAGCAGGAGCUUCGCGUCCAGCCCCUCCUUCACAGCUUCAGAGGUCUGGACAGCCUAUUGGACAAAGACUGGAGGGGGAGGAGCUUUGACCAGGACGUUGAUCAGCUGAUUGCACUCAUCCAAUCUGACUCAAGGAGUCACCCCAAGGUGUGUACUGAGCGUGUGCGGGCGGCGAGCGUGAUCCAGGCGGCGUGGAGGUCGUAUCAGACCAGACGCAGAGUGAGGAGUCUGAACAGAGCGGUCAGCGCGCUGCAGAGGAAAUACAGGGCUCGGAGGAGGCAGCAGCAGCAGCAGAAGGAGGCGCAGCUGUGGGAGGAGGAGUUAAAGUAUCAGGUGUGUGUGAGGCGUCAGCAGGCGAGGAGGUUGUUCCACCAGAAACAAAGACAACUGCUGCAGCUACUUCCUCCUGACCAGGUGCAGUCGUACCUGCAGGAGUGCGAGCGUCGGGCGGCCGUGGUGAUCCAGAGCUUCUGGAAAGGCUUCAGAGAGAGACGACGCUACAACAACACACACAGACACACACUGAGACAGACACACACACGACAGCAGGCGGCCAGGACGCUGCAGAGAGCGGUCCGUCGCUUUCUGCAGAAACGUCGAGCAGCAAAGGCCCCGCCCACUCCGCCUUUCUGGAUUGGUCAGCACGGUUUGACAGACAGCCGGAGGGUGGAGCUGAGGAGACAGGUGGAUGAACACAUCUCUCUACAUCCUUCGUCCCGUGUGUCCCGUCAGGAGUGCGAGCGUCUCCACGAGGAGGUGCAGCUGCUGCUGCUGUCGGAGCUGCAGGGAGGAGACCGGAGGAGGAGGGACGAACAGAGGGUGGAGGCUCUGCUGGCUCACACACACACACAGCUGGAGCUGCUCAGAGACGCCCCGCCGCUCUCUACCGUCACGUUAAAAGACGCCGACUCCUUCCUGAGCCCCUCGGGUCCCAUCGCCGCCCGCGCCCGCGACUCCCACAAUGCAAAGCUGCAGGCGAGCAGGCUGCCCUGGUGGAGGACGCUGGGCGAGACGGCCGACGGCGUCGACAUGUUUGGCUCCUCCCACCUGCAGGAGCUGGAGGCGGAGCUCGGAGGACUGUUUGUAGGGGGGUCAGCGGGGGUCACUCAGCUGCAGGAUUAAAGGG